AUGAUAGUUCUCUCACAAUUAUAUAACAAAUUCGAUAAACAGCCCUACACUCCUAAGGGAAUAAUUCUCGAGGCGGACGAAAACGAUUAUGAGGCUACGCUUCUUAGGGGGAGAAUGAGGCGCCCGCCUCAGUCUUGUGAGGCGGUGAAAAGCGGUCCGAGGCGAGGCCCACAGCAGUAUCCUUUGCAGGUUGAAGAGGGUUUGUACAAGAUCAACACUCUUAUUGCUGCAUAUGCUAAUUCUCAAGCUGAAGUGCUACAGAUGGUGGUUCCCAAGUAAAAGCUAUAAAAUUGGUGUUUUUCUUAUUGUUUAUACAUGAUUUUAAAUUUGUAUAUAGUUUUUAGUAUCUGAGUCGUCACUGUUACAUGAUUUAUUUAUUUAUUUAAUAUACAUGCAAAAUGUCUGAUAGGGUAUUAACUGGAGCAAUCGAGA